UGAAGCCUACAAACAAAACUAGCUUUACUCCUAUGGUUUCUUGACAAGUGUUAACAAUAAGUCUCAAUACAUUUCUCUUCUAUAAAUUUAUGCACAAUCUUCUCCCCUGCUUUCCACCUUCUCUAUAAUUCAUUCAGUACUAUCUCCACUAGGGUAUAUUUCAAUGGAAACCGCAGCUGCUAAAGAAAUGAACACUAGUAGUUUUCAACUCAAGGCUUUAGGGUUCUCAUACCCAAGUCGAGUACCAAACAGAAGUUUCUUUAUCGCCCAUGUCAUGUUCAGGGUUUUAGCCAUUGCUUUUACAGUGGCUUCGAUCUCUGUGCUGGUUACUAGCGGUCAGGAUGUCUUAGUCUUUGGGAUCAGGACUAUGGCUCGUUACAGCUACUCUUCUGCUUUCAAGUUCUUGGUUGUUGCAGAUGCAGUAGUGUGUGGCUUCUCUGGGCUUUCACUGAUCCUUGUUUGCCUUCGGAGCCGCUCAGCAGCAGCAGCACAGUUUAUGAACUCUUUUUACCUGUUCUUGCAUGAUAUGGUGAUGAUGGUGCUGCUGAUAUCUGGAUGCUCUGCAGCAACUGCAAUAGGUUAUGUGAGUCGCUAUGGAGCAAAAGAGAUGAAUUGGGUUGCCGUUUGUGAUUAUGUGGGCAAAUUUUGCAACCAAGUCUUGGCUUCUCUUGUCUUAUCUUACCUAGCUUUCUUUUGCUACCUUGCACUUACUGCUUUUUCUGCCCACAAGCUUAUGACUCGACCUACCGAGUGAGCUAGCGUUUCUGUUGAGGAAAUUUAGAGACUACACCUGCAGCAGCAGAUGAGUCAAAGGGCAAUAUAUUCAUGCCUUUCUAUGUACAUUUUGCGAAAAGAAAAGAUCUUGUAUGUAGUAUUAUUAGAAUAUCUAUGUAUGUGUAUUUAAUUA